AUGUUAGUGCUGUUUGAGACUCCUGCAGGGUAUGCUUUGUUUAAGCUAUUAGACGAUAAAAAACUGAAAAAUGUAGAAGAUAUUUGGAGUGAAUGUUCAACUCCAGAAAAAGCGCAAGAAAUAUUGCAGUUAGUUUCUUUCAAAAAGUUCAAAGAUACUGCUGAAGCAGUCGAAAAUGCUACUCAGUUAUCAGAAGGAAAAUUAACAAAAGCGCUAAAGAAGGCCUUGAAAGGAAAAUUGGAUAAACAUGAAGAGUUAGCCGUUGGCGAAGUGAAACUGGGAAAUAUGAUUAAAGCUAAAUUUGAUGUGCCAUGCAUUUAUAACGCAGCUACACAAGAACUCAUGCGGAGUAUCCGGGCAAAUUUGGAUAGUUUAUUGAAUGACCAUAAACGAGAAAUGCACUCAAUGAAUCUUGCCGUGGCACACUCUUUAAGCCGAUAUAAAUUAAGUUCUGUAAAAUUCAAUCCGGAAAAAAUAGAUACUAUGAUUAUUCAAGCGGUGUCAUUGCUUGAUGAUCUUGACAAAGAAUUAAACAAUUACGUCAUGAGGUGUCGUGAAUGGUAUGGUUGGCAUUUUCCAGAACUAAGUAAACUGAUUCAGGAUCAUCAAGCAUAUGCAAAAACUGUGAAAACAAUGGGAAUGCGUUCAAAUGCUGAAAAUUGUAAUUUAUCAGAUGUAUUACCAAAAGAAUUGGAAGUGCGUGUUAAAGAAGAAGCGGAAAUCAGUAUGGGUACGGAUAUAUCUGAUUCAGACAUGUUACAUAUCAGGGGUUUAUGCGAACAGAUUAUUGAGCUAACAAAAUACAGGGUUGAAUUGGCAGAGUACUUAAAGAAUCGAAUGGUGGUGCUAGCACCCAACCUUACUAUUCUACUUGGUGAAUUGGUCGGCGCCAGAUUGAUAUCUCAUGCAGGGUCAUUAGUUAAUCUUGCAAAAUACCCAGCAUCUACAGUUCAGAUAUUAGGUGCAGAGAAAGCUCUUUUUCGAGCACUGAAAACAAAACGCGAUACUCCGAAAUAUGGUAUCAUUUACCAUGCACAGCUAAUUGGUCAGGCUAACACGAAAAUAAAAGGAAAAGUGGCGCGGAAGUUAGCAGCAAAGGUGUCAUUAGCGACUCGAAUUGAUGCUCUUGCGGAUGAAUCACUGGGAACAGAACCGGGAGAGAAAAGUCGAGCUUAUAUUGAAACAUUUAUUCGGAUGGAACAAGAGCGAGGACCGAAAAGGAUAACAGGAAAACCCACACAGCAUGAUGCUUAUACAUUUAAGAGUACGACGAUUCGUUAUGAUCCUAGUGCAGACUCAACAAUUAAAACUGGGAAAAAACGAAAAUUUGAUGAGGAUGACCAGGAUGAAGACUCUAAAAGCAAAAGUGAAACUAGAAACGAAUUUGGUGAAAGUAGCGAAUCUCCUGUAAAACAAAGUAAAAAGGUGUCUCACAUUUUAUUAAUGAUAUUAGUCAUUUGA